UUUCCCGCCCAAAGCGUCUCCUCAGGCAACGACAUUCCCUCGCUUUCCAUUUUCUGAGGAAUUUAAACCGCCCCUCACAAAUAUGGAUAUACUCGGUCCGAUAAAUAAUAUAUUUUGACCCAUAUUCCGAACAAUAGUGUAUCAAGCACUACGUGCCCGUGCGUGUAUUCAAUUUAUAUAUUGAAAAAAUAAAUAAUAGUUUUGGGUUCUGAGAGGCCAAGUGUUACCUGACAUAAAUUUAUUUGUUCUUUUGCUUCUCCUGAAAAUAAAGAAGAAACUUAAACUGGCCGUUGCCCUCAAAGGAAAUAAAACCUGUUCAUAUAUCCAGUCAUAACCAGAAAUGGGAAAAUUUUCCACAAGUGGACUGACAGCAUAGUUUGUAAAUGAAUACAAGUUUAUAUGUAUUGCAUAAAACAGAAUAAAAUACAUUUCGCCGUUAAAAUAAUGAGUAAAAACUCGUAACUUUCCCCCACAAACUUCAUCAUAGUUUGGCAAAUGGCCUUAACUGGAAAAAUCACACAAAUUUAAAAAUGUCCCAAGGGCCAAAAAACAACAAUGAAAGAAACGUGAUAAUUUCUUUCUUUUUCUUUUUUUUAAUGAUAUUUAUUAAAGUUUCACAUGAAAAGAGACACAUUAAUAAAGAAAAAAAAGAAUUUAAAAAUAAAAAGAAAAAUACACAAUACAAAAUACAAAAAGAAAAAAGAAAAAACAGUUAAAAACAAUUCCAUCUUUUCAUCACUACUUUUAGAUUUACUUAUUUCCCGGACCUCCUCAUACCUCCCUCUUUUGUAUUCCAAUUCAGUUUGUUUAUCCAGCAAUUCCUUUCCCUCCUUUUUAAUCCCAAUCCCAAUCCUUAAUCUUAAUAUAAUAUAACAUAACAUUAAAUUUUUACCUAUUAAAAACCAAUUUUCCAUUCUUUUAACCUUUUUAAUCCUAAUCCUUAAUCUUGAUUAAGGAGAAGAAGAAACGUGAUAAUUUCUAUGAUAUAUGGUAUGGUUUUAUUGUAUAUACAAAGAAUGAAGCACAUGAAAGUGAAUUACCCCCCAGUUUACGGCACAGUUUGUCGAGUAUAGACUGGAUAGGGUUUUAUUUCAUUGUAUUUUCCACAGUCCAUAUCCUGUAACAGAGAAAGUAAACAAUACAAUAAAGCGAAACAUGUCAACUUUAAUGGAAAAGUCUAUUAUGGCUUGCCUGCUAUUAGUACACGGCUAAGCUCCUAAUAUUGAAAAUAGAUUUUAUAUACAGUAUUUAUUUUUUGGAUGAGCUCUUAGAUCCUAAUAACUUUCAUUUGCUUCAGCUUUUCUAUGCCUGAGAUGCUUGUCCUUUUCCCUUUCCUGUGUUUGUUCAUAUUUUGAAAUGCAAUAAAAACACAAUCUGAAAUAAAAGGAAAUAAAAAUAGAAUUCUAUGAUUCUAUGUCCACAACGAGCAAAGAGGAAUGUAUAAAGAAACCCCACAAUUCUCUUUGCCAAGGCUCUUAAAAAAUCCCUGUUUGACAAUGGCAUGAACUCUCCUUCUUUGGAGGUUUUUAAGCAAAGGUUGGAUAUUAUUUUAUUAUUUAUAGCCCACCCAUCUGGCUGGGUUUCCCAAGCCACUCUGGGCGGCCAUCGGCCAUGUUGAUUCCUGCAUUUCAGGGGGUUGGACUGGAUGACCCUCGGGGUCCCUUCCAACUCUGCUAUUUUAUGAUUCUGUGACCUAAGAAGUGGGAAAGGACCCAGUUCAAGGGUGUUUCCAAAGUCUGUGUCCUUUAAUGGAAGUCAGUUAUUUCGCAGCCAUGGUGCACCCUGAGAAUAUAACAGGUGGGCUAAAGCCCAGAACAAGCCCAGGAUUGCAAAAGAGGUUAAAAAUAAUAAGAAAAUUGUUGUUUUUUUCCCCCUGGCUGUGUCUGAAGCAAGAGGAAGACCAUGCAAGUAGUAGGUCCUCUGCCUGAAGAUGAAAAUUUUCUAUUGGGUGACAGAGAGGAGGAACUGCUCAACAGUCCAAGAGGUAUUAAGGGAACACCUAGUUUAUUUGAUAGAAUUCAGAUAUCCAGGGCCGUGCUUCCAACGGUACCAAAGCAGCUUGCAAAUGUCAUCUCAUAGCUUCUGUCUAUAAUCUUUGAGAAUUCUUGGAGAAUUUGGAUUGGAGGUGGGCAAAUGUUGUUUCCAUCUUCAAAAAGUGGAGAGGGGGCGGGGGAAAGACCGAGGCAACUACAGACCCGUCAGCUUAACCUCAAAACCAGGAAUAAUAAUAAUAAUAAUAAUAAUUUAUUUAUAUCCCGCCCUCCCCAGCCAAAGCCGGGCUCAGAGCGGCUAACAACAGUAAAAAUAGCACACUUUACAUAAAAUCACAAUCAAUUAAUUGAAAUACAUUCUAAAAUCAAUUUAUUCUAAAAUCAAUUGAGAAUCAAAUUAAUGGCAGCCAUUGGGCUAGAGUUCUGUGAGAAUUACAGAAGCAGGUGGUCCUAGCACAGAAAAAUCAAACAAUCAGUCUGUGAGCACUUAGAAAAAGAUGCUGUGAUGACUAAGAGCUAGCAUGGGUUUCACAAAAACAAGUCGUACCACAGUAAUCUUUUUUUAUUUUUAGAGUUACAAGCUUAGUGGAUCAGGGGAAUGCCAUGGAUGUAAUGUAUCUUAAUUUCAGCAAGGUUUUCAGCAAUGUCUUCCAUUAUAUUCUUGCAGAGAAGCUAGUAAAAUAUGGUCUAGGUGAUUUUAUUGUUAGGUGGAAUACUAGCUAGUUGACUGAGUGAACCCAAAGAGUGCUCACCAAUGAUUUCUUGUCUUCCUGGAAAGAAGUGACAAGUGUUCCAGGGUACUGCCCUGGGCCUCUUGAUUUUCAACAUCUUUAUAAAUGACUUGGAUGAAGGAAUUGAGGGGCUCCAGUGGUCUUAGUAAGGGACGCGGGUGGCACUGUGGGUUAAACCACAGAGCCUAGGACUUGCCGAUCGGAAGGUCAGCGGUUCGAAUCCCCGCGAUGGGGUGAGCUCCCGUUGCUCGGUCCCAGCUCCUGCCAACCUAGCAGUUCGAAAGCACGUCAAAGUGCAAGUAGAUAAAUAGGUACCACUCCAGCGGGAAGGUAAAUGGCAUUUCCGUGCGCUGCUCUGGUUCGCCAGAAGCGGCUUAGUCAUGCUGGCCACAUGACCCGGAAGCUGUACGCCGGCUCCCUCGGCCAAUAAAGCGAGAUGAGUGCCACAACCCCAGAGUCGGUCACGAUGGGACCUAAUGGUCAGGGGUCCCUUUACCUUUAGUGGUCUUAGUAGACUACAAGCUUAACAAGAGUCAACAGUGUGAUGCAGCAGCAAAAAAGCUAAUGCAAUUCUAGAUAAACAGAAAUCUAGUGUUCAGAUCAAGGGAAGUCAUAGUAUCACUCUGUUCUGCCUUGGUCAGAACACAUCUGGAUUACUGUGUCCAGUUCUGUGCACCACAAUUUAAGAAGGAUGUUGACAACAGGAACGUGUGCAGAGAAGAACAACAAAGAUGAUUAAGGGUCUGGAAAACAAGCCUUAUGAGGAGCCGUUGAAGGAGCUGGGUAUGUUUAGCCUGGGAAAGAGAAGACUCAGAAUGGAUAUUAUAGCCAUCUUCAAAUAUCUAUCAAAGAGCUGUCAAAUGGAAGAGGGAACAAGCUUGUUUUCUCCUGCUCUGGAGGGUAGGACUCGAACCGAUGGCUUCAAAUUGACAGCGGAAUGGUCUCCCGCGGAAGGUUGUGGACUCUCUUUCCUUGGAGGUUUCUAAGCAGAGGUUGGGUGGCAUCUAUCAUGGAUGCUUUAUCUGAGAUCCCUGCAUUGCAGGCGGUUAGACUAGAUGACUCUCCGUGCCCCUUCCAAUUCUACGAUUCUAUUUCAGGUGCCAUGCGCUGGUAGAUUCAUCAAGAUUGGUGUGUCUCUCUUAUUCAAGAAGUAGUCACUCUACCACAGUUCGAGAACUGUAGGUGAAGGUGAAAUGUGAUUAGCAACCAUCACUUUUCAGUAAUCUCAGUGCCAGUUACCUGGAGAGAAGUCAUCACCUAUGUACAAUUGGGUGUUGGUACCAAAAGGGACGCGGGUGGCGCUGUGGUCUAAACCACAGAGCCUAGGGCUUGCCAAUCAGAAGGUCGGCGGUUCGAAUCCCAGCGACGGGGUGAGCUCCCGUUGCUCGGUCCCUGCUCCUGCCAACCUAGCAGUUCGAAAGCAUGUCGAGUGCAAGUAGAUAAAUAGGUACCGCUCCAGCGGGAAGGUAAACGGCGUUUCCGUGUGCUGCUCUGGUUCGCCAGAAGCGGCCACAUGACCCGGAAGCUGAACGCCACCAGAAGCUGGCCACAUGACCCGGAAGCUGUACGCCGGCUCCCUUGGCCAGUAAAGCGAGAUGAGUGCCGCAACCCCAGAGUCGGUCACGACUGGACCUAAUGGUCUGGGGUCCCUUUACCUUACCAAAGCUAGAUCACUCAGUCUCCUUUGGAUGUUAUUAGGCUGGUAACUGAAUCCCUCCGUUCACGCCUACUUUCUGCUUGUGUCUGUCCUUCUAUUGAAAGGCCCAGCCUGCUUUGAGUCUGAUCCUGAACCCUCUAGGAUCUUUCUUGUCCUCUGCCUGUGGCUUCCCCUUUCGUAACUGCGAAUGGAAACCUUUAACUUCUCUCUGGACUCCUCCCUACCACCAGCAAUGACUUCCGCCCCAGCGGUCUUUCCUCUGCAGCUGUCAAGAGUGUGUGCCUGGUGGUGUUUCGCAAGUGCUGAUGUUGAGCAGAGUGUGUCCUAACUAAAGCAAGAGCACAGAGAUCUGCACAUCCUGUCAGAAGGGCAAGCGGCUGAACCCAGAGCUGCAGCGUUUCAGCUGACACGGAGAUAAGGCUGGAGAGACCUAAGGCAGAAUGGUUAGCUGAAACAAUUCUUAACGUGGGUCGGAAACAGUGGGUAGUGGGUGGUGGGUAGAUUCUGCGCCAUACUUGUGUCGAGCUACUUUGAAAGUUUACUUGUAGAAAAUCUGACCUCUUUCCUUGCCACUCAGCCUUUCCUCCUUGUUAUUAUGAAAAUAAGAUGUCCAAAAUCUAGUGUUUCUAGCCUUGUCUUGAUCCAAAAUGCUGCCUCCGUCCUUGAAGCUUUUGUUGUGGCUCGGCCCAAGUUGGAAGCCACAUCUUGACAGUUGGCAGACAUGAGCUUCCUGUGUGGUGUGUGCAAGCCUGAGUGGCAGAUCAACCUUUCAAAAUGAAGGGACCUUCUGGUGUGGCGACGGGAGUGGCGUUUUAUAUAAGAAUGAACACACUUAAAACAACAGCAAAAAAAUAUAGAUUGUGGAUUAUGAGAAAAGGUGUUGAGCCUUGUAAGACCCCUUACUAUCAUUCGAGCUUGAGAAGAGUUGGGACAAGUUUCUGUUUGGGAUAGUUUUCUGUUAUAAGAGACCCUGUUUGUGAAAAAGUGAGCUGAGAUAUGGGUGGACAGGUUGCAGGGUCUUGCAGAGAGCUUUGGCUUGGAGAGCAUCCUAAUAGAGACCCAGAGGUUUACCCACUGUGGCACCGAACUGUGUUUUGCAAGUGCUGUUAAGCAAGUGUUUUGCAGAGGGAGCUGGGAAAGCUGAGUAAUCCAAACCAACCAAUGCAGAAUAAGUAUGGGAAGAAAAUAUGAAUCCUUAUGACACAAAUGUGGGGGGGUAAAUAACAAAAGAAUCAGCUGGGUGCCUCUCUCCAGCAGAGAGAGCCCUCAGUAGCAAUGCUUAAACUCACAAAGUUAAGCAGCACUGUGAAGUGUUAGGACUGUAGGCUGUUAAACUUUUUGCAUAAGUCAUUUAGUCCGUUUGCAAACUGCUUCCCUCUUUCUGCCUCUCUUGCAAUGAACAGACCACAUUGUUAAGUAAGUUUAAAAUGCUUUACUAACAAAACAUUACAAAGAUCAGAUUCAUGCAUUUAUCUAAGCAGCAGCAGGAAAGACACAGGCAGAAUACUCUUGGGUGGAAAAUACAGAAAGAUAGCUUCAGACACGUGCUCUAAGCUUGGAGCUUGCUUACGCACGUCUUCCUUGCUCAGUUACAUCGUGCAGAGAGGGGGAGAAAUGAACAGGAAGAGAAGGCUUCACUUCCUUCCUCAUCAGAGAAGAGGGGGGCAUGACCUAACUGAGUCUAGGAAAUGCAGCUCUAUUGCCUUAACCCCUUCAUGCACUGACUAGCAGUCAUGCAUAGUUAAAGUUUGCUUGCAAUUUCCCACAGUUAGUUCUAGAGGAGAUGAGACUAUGCCAUGGUCAUCAGGGCAAUGAAAUAACAAGGAGAAUGGCCUGCUUGACUGGAGGAGAAAACCCACAUUGCCUUUUCCAUUGCAGUCAGAUUCUCUGGUUGUGUGUGACGUGGACCCAGAGCUGAAGGAGAAACUGAAGAAGUUCCGGUUCCGGAAGGAGACUAACAAUGCAGCCAUAAUGAGUGAGUUUACUAUCCCGCAUGCCACCUCCCUAUUUUUUUCCUAAGAUUGGGGGCUAUGGUAUUGUGGCUUGGCACACCUGCCAUAGGAACAUAGGAAGCUGGAAUCAGACCACCUAGCACGGUCUACUAGCUGACAGCUGUCUAAACUGAGUGACAACGGCUCUUCUGGCUUUCUGGCAGUGUUCUCUCACAGUUCUACUUGGAAAUGUGAUUGGCAUUUAAAUACUCCUAAAUAAAUAAAUAAAGGGACGCGGGUGGCGCUGUGGGUUAAACCACUGAACCUAGGACUUGCGGAUCAGAAGGUCAGCAGUUUGAAUCCCCGCGACGGGGUGAGCUCCCAUUGCUCGGUCCCAGCUCCUGCCAACCUAACAGUUCGAAAGCACGUCAAAGUGCAAAUAGAUAAAUAGGUACCGCUCCGGCGGGAAGGUAAACGGUGUUUCCGUGCGCUGCUCUGGUUCGCCAGAAGCGGCUUAGUCAUGCUGGCCACAUUACCAGGAAGCUGUACGCCUGCUCCCUCGGCCAAAAAAGUGAGAUGAGCACCACAACCCCAGAGUCGGCCAUGACUGGACCUAAGGGUCAGGGGUCCCUUUCCCUUUACCUUUAAAUAAAUAAAUGAAUAAAAAUUGGGAUCUUCUGCAUAUACAGCAGAUGCCCUACUACUGAGCUACAGCUUUUCCCCACCCAGUGCAAAACAGAUGGGCUGCCCCACAUCUCACAAGUGAGGAUGGCAGUCUCCUAAGCAGGCAUCGUAAACAGCUUAGUACAAAGUGGUACCUAAAUACUGGUGCAUUUCAAGCCUUUGUGCUUCGUCAGGGAAUGCUUUUAAAAAGAAAAUAGAAACGAACGCAGUUCUCUGACAAUGCGGUGUUUGUCUUUUCUAACCUGAGAAGCCUGAGGCAUACCAGCUUGAAAUGUGCUGGGGAUCUGUGCACCUUGUAUUAAAGUGGCUUUGAUGCUGAUGGAACGUCUGUUGGCAGCGGCAUAGGCAAUUCUUAACUGUAGUUAAUCAGGUGUCACUGAUAAACUAGAAGGGGGUGUGAAACGAGCUGUUGGCUGUAGUCCUUCUGCAUACCAUUAGGCCACUGACUUAAGGGCCAUUUCAGUCUCACCAGCAGUUCUCUGGCUCACAGCUCCCCCCACCUGCCCCGCAAAGUAAUUUGUGAAGGCGAGGGAGCUUGGGCUUGGCUUUGAUGUAUUUAUUUAUUUAGUGCUCUUGUAUCAUGCUUUAAAUCACCCAAGUGACCUCAAAGCAGUUUCCAUACCAACAAAUAAAACAAAAUCAUUAAAAAUUCACGGGACACAAUUAAAAUAUCAAUAACGAAACCACAAAAGAUCAGUGCUAUAAUGCAGAACAGACUCAAGGCACAAAACAGUCUAACCUAUGGCCUCUGGAAGCUGGAGAAAAACAAACGACUUUUCACUAAGCAGCAGCAGCAAAAACCCAUCAGUAUCACGGGAACAUAGGGAUAUCGGACGCUGCCUUAUACAGAGUCAGGCCAUUGGACAGAUUUCAGGACAGAUGAGAGAAAGUCCUUCUUCGUUCAUGCAGCAUAUAGUUAAACGGUGCAACUCCCUCCCACAAGACGACCUGAUGGCCACCAAUCUAAAAAGGUAAAGGUAAAGGGACCCCUGACAGUUAAGUCCAGUCGCGGACGACUCUGGGGUUGCGGCGCUCAUCUCGCUUUACUGGCCGAGGAGCCGACGUUUGUCUGCAGACAGGUUUUCCGGGUCAUGUGGCGAGCAGGACUAAGCCGCUUCUGGCGAACCAGAGCAGCGCACAGAAACGCCGUUUACCUUCCCACUGGAGUGGUACCUAUUUAUCUACUUGCACUUUGACGUGCUUUCGAACUGCUAGGUUGGCAGGAGCAGGGACUGAGCAACAGGAGCUCACUCCGUCAUGGGGAUUUGAACCACCAACCUUCCAAUUGGCAAGCCCUAGGUUAUGUGGUUUAGACCACAGCGCCACCCGUGUCCCUAAAUACCCUUUAAAGGUAAAGGUAAAGAGACCCCUGACCAUUAGGUCCAGUCACGGACGACUCUGGAGUUGUGGCACUCAGCUCACUUUACUGGCCAAGGGAGCCGGCGUCCAGCUUCCGGGUCAUGUGGCCAGCAGGACUAAGCCACUUCUGGCAAACCAGAGCAGCUCACGGAAAUGCCGUUUACCUUCCCGCCGGAGCGGUACCUAUUUAUCUACUUGCACUUUGAUGUGCUUUCGAACUGCUAGGUUGACAGGAGCAGGGACUGAGCAACGGGAGCUCACCCCGUCACGGGGAUUCGAACCGCCGACCUUCCGAUCGGCAAGCCCAAGAGGCUCAGGGAUUUAGACCACAGCGCCAUCCCUGGCCACCAAUCUAGAUGGCUUUAAAAGAGGAUUGGACAAAUUCAUGGAGGAGAAUGCUGUAUGUGGCUAUUAUCGAAGGUGGCUGUGCUCUGCCUCUAGCAGCUGGCAGCAGUGCUUCUGAAUUUACGGGUUUUCCAUACAGUGGUACCUCUGGUUACGUACUUAAUUCGUUCCGGAGGCCCGUUCUUAACCUGAAACUGUUCUUAACCUGAAGCACCACUUUAGCUAAUGGGGCCUCCUGCUGCUACCGCACGAUUUCUGUUCUCAUCCUGAAGCAAAGUUCUUAACCCGAGGUACUAUUUCUGGGUUAGAGGAGUCUGUAACCUGAAGCGUCUGUAACCUGAAGCGUCUGUAUGUAACCUGAGGUACCACUGUAAUGUGAAUCUGGCUUGGCCAGUGUAACUAGAUGGGUCCGUGGCCUGAUCCAUGAGGCUUCUCUUAUGUCCAUCUAGCUCAGCAUUUUCUACAGUGACUGGCAGUGGUUCUCUGGGGAACUUGCACAUGCAAAGCAGAGCUUUCUAAGAAUGGAGAAAUCCCCUUACUAGGUUUUUGUCUCCUCUCUCCUCAGUGAAGGUGGACAAAGACAGGCAACUGGUGGUGCUGGAGGAAGAAUUCCAGGUAUGUAAAACCUUUCCACUUCUUUUUUCUAUUUAAAAUGAGAAUCAUUCCUCCUGCUUUACUUUUUUUAAAGCCCCCUGAUUCAGGUCAAGUUUUAAAAAAUACCCCUCAUUUGAAUUCAGAGGCAGCAAAAGAAGGCUGAUAGGCUUCAGGUUGAAGCAACACAAAGGUGUUUUUAUAUCGUAUUUGCCUGAAUAUAAGCCGCAUCUUUAAAAUUGAAGGGGGUGGGGGAAGAAAAACCCCUCCAAAUAUAAGCCACCCCCUUCCUCACUGCUCCUGGCUACAUGGGUGAAAAAGCUGCACUGCGUUUCCGAUGGCCUUUCCCCUUCCUCGCUCUCUCUCUUUCUGGCCUCGGGGGAAAAGAUGGCGCCGCUUCCCACGCUCCUGGUGCUGUUUGCCCCGCGCUUCUGGCUACAUACUGUAAUGGGGCGAAUAUACGUAAAGGUAAAGGGACCUCUGACCAUCAGGUCCAGUCGUGGCCGACUCUGGGGUUGCGGCGCUCAUCUCGCUUUAUUGGCCAAGGGAGCCGGCAUACAGCUUCCAGGUCAUGUGGCCAGCAUGACUAAGCCACUUCUGGCGAACCAGAGCAGCGCACGGAAACGCUGUUUACUUUCCCGCCGGAGCGGUACCUAUUUAUCUACUUGCACUUUGAUGUGCUUUUGAACUGCUAGGUGGGCAGGAGCAGGGACCGAGCAACAGGAGUUCACCCCGUCGCAGGGAUUCGAACCGCUGACCUUCUGAUCGGCAAGUCCUAGACUCUGUGGUUUAACCCACAGCGCCACCUGCGUCCCGUUGUGGUGACUAUAAGCUGCACUUUAACUUUUCAUGGUCAGAAUUUGGGGGGGAAAGUGCAGCUUAUAUUCAGGCCAAUAUGGUAUAUAUGCUGUGCGCACACAACACAAAUUGCAGCCUGGUGCAAAUUCCCCAACCUGGUGCCUUCCAGAUUCCAAACAUAUUGGACUUCAAUGUGCUGACUGAGGUAGAUGGGAGUUGUGGUCCAAAACAUCUGGAAGGCACCGGGUUGAGGAAGGCUGGUGUGCUAUACCCCCAUGGCAGGUGUUCUGCUGCACAGACCAGAGCAAAUGGCUCCAGGUGACUCAUAUAUGUGACGCCCAACCACACAGUGUAGGGAAAGGUAAGCAACCCUCUGAGGUCACACGCAGGCUUACAUGAACUGAGGAAAGUUCUCCCUAGCUACCAGGUGUGGCGAUCAGUUAGAUUCUGACUGUGGGGAGGAGGCUUCAGAUUUCAUCGCAACAGUUACCUAAUCGUUUACCUGCAGUGUUUGUACGCUGUAUAAAAACAGCAGAUUUCCCCCCCCUACAAAGCCAGCAAGUGAUUGAGCUGCAGACUUUGUUGUGACUAUAAAGUGAAGGCAUUACAGAGUGGGGGGUUUUUUCUGGAGAAAAGCAUAAUUGUCUCCACUACAGACAAAUGUAAGGCUUGAACAAGCUACUCUGCCCAAUCAUAGUCUUGUUGUUGGGAGGAGGUGGAAAGCAGAGAUGUUGAACACUAAACAAAGACAGUGCAGAAGCAGAAACCUGCUUUUUUAUAUUGCAGGAGAGUGGAACUGUAAUCAACCGGUUCUCUCACACAUACAUGUGUGCACACACUUACUUUUCACUUCACUUCACUUCAGCCUGCGACAGCAACUGAAUUCCCAACUCUUCCAGCAACUGCCUGGAAUCUGACAUGGAACGACAUCUCCUUUUCCCCAAAGAAAUUGCAUCAGCUCCUCCAUUCCACCUUCCUGCAUUCUUGACAUGAAUUUUGUCGGUACAUUACAAAUUACGAGGCUGGGUUAAAAGCAAAUUGAAUUUCAGAUCAAGUUUAAUAUCUCAGGGGAGCGAUGUGCUGAUGGCGUCAUUUGCUUUCAUAUUUAAUUCAACACGUUAUGCAAGAACCCUCACACGCGUUAGCGAAAUGUUAAUCAAAUGGCAGCGCGGAAUAUCCACUCCGCUGUGUUUUAGGGAAGCAGGAAAACUAGCAGCGGGGGUUUCAAGGGAAGAUCUCUUCCCAUUUCCUAAAAUAUGAAACGACUGGCAAGUUUUGCUUGUCAAAACGGGAUCCCAGCUGCACACACUUUCCAAGAAAGGAACUGAUGCAUAAUAACAUUCCUCUGAAAUAACCCAGGAUGGUCCUAGCCUGGGAAUGGAAGCUUCUAAACAGAGCCAGCUUGUUAGGGGAUCCUAGAGCCACAGCUUGCUGAAAACAAUGGGCUGGAGGGUGAGUUUGUCCAAAUGUCAAUUAGUGCUCCAUUCUCAGUUCACAUCACUUAAUUAUUGUGCCUGCUGGCAUCAUCUGGCGGCGCUUCCAGAUGGAUGCUGUUUGGGGUAGGAUCCAGUGACGUCAUCAGGGCCACCUUAAGCAUGUCUGGCGCUGCUUCAGAGUUGCAUGGCGGAGGCGGGCAAGGGCGGUGAGCUGAUGCUGGGAGGGGCCCAUCCAGGCUCCGCCUCUUCCCUGACGCUCUCCAGAACUUGGCUCCCCGGCGCCCCAUGCCACUAGCCUCUAUGGGUAAGAUGCCCCUGGACAUCAUGACAAAACCAGGGUGCUCAAUUACAGUUGACUUGGCACCUUUGCACGGCAAAGUCCCUCCCUCCCCCUUGGCCCCCAAACCAGACUUUUUGUGAUAAGGAAAGUUAAAGAGAAUUACCUGGGAUAACAAUUGCUUGGUGCAGCUAUAUGGUCAUACCUCAUGUUACGUUUGCUUCAGAUUGCGCGUUUUCAGCUUGCAUCCCAUGGUGACCCAGAAGUGCCAGAAAGGGUUACUUCUGGGUUUCACUGCUUGCGCAUGCGGAGACACGCAAAAUGACAUCGCGCACAUGCACAGAAGCUGCGAAACGCGACCCACGCAUGCGCAGACCUGGGUUGCAUUCCUUUCAGGUUGCGAACGGGGCUCCGGAACGGAUCCCAUUUGCAACCAGAGGUACCACUUUACUCGCCCCACAAACAAAUAAGAACAAACACUCAAUAAAUAGCCAACUUCACUUAACCUUCCUGCACCCUUUGUGCAAACAAAUAAGGAUGAAUAAGGCUCAAUCAACAGGCCGCCAACAAGUGACUUUACCCUUAGCUUUUCAGGCUCUGAGGAGGCCUCGUUUACAUCAGCCUUGCCCUCCAUCUCGCUGCUAGAGCACCGAAGUCUGCAAUCUCACACAUCAGGAGUGUGGAACCCGUUGCCCCCUAGAAGGUGUUGGACUUAAAUGCCUACCAGCCCCCGUUAGCAUGGCUUGGGGUGAAGAAUGGUGGGAGAUGUAGUCCUGCAACACCUGGAGGGCCACAGAUUUCCCCAUCCCUGCUAUAUGCAUUUAUCUGGAAACAAACUGAAUUCAAUGGGAUUUCUGAGUGUGCCUGCAUAGGAUUAUUCACAAGGCUGGUGAAGGAGGGCCAACUUCUGCACCUUUAACAAGCGGACUUCCAGUCGCCCCUUGGGCCACCUGCUUCCAUUUCUUCCCCUUGGUACAAGGUGCCCAAGACUCAGCUGCGUCAAAGGGCACGGCAGUCUUGAACAGGAAGGCUGUUGAUCCUUCCAGCCAUCUUGUUUGUACGUAUGUGGCAGCAAGCUCUGCUUAAUCCUGCUCCUUUGCCAGUUCAUUACAGGGCUUGUGGUGCCUGCUUGGCUGCAGCAAAGAGGAUUAGAUAAUGGGCUAAUUCAGAAGAAUCCUCCCUUUAGCAGCAGAGAUGAAAAGGCAGUGGGAAGCAGCAGUCUUCAGUGAGGGAGGUGGUGCAUGCUCCUCCCUUUUCUAAUAAUAAUAAUAAUAAUAAUAAUUUAUUUGUCUCCCGUCCAUCUGGCUGGGUUUCCCCAGCCACUCUGGGCGGCUUCCAACAAAGAUUAAAAAUACAUCAAAAUAAUACAUGAAUCCCUAAGCCCAGCUUCAAACCCACUGAGGACACCUUGCGGGACCGUUCCUCUCCCAUACACCCAGAUAGAGGACAGAAACCUUUCAGCUACCGCUGAGCCACAGAGCCAUACACCUUUGUGCAAUGUCAGAAGCGACAAGCAGAAUUCAGCAUCACCGGGGGGGGGGGCAAUCUGGGUGCAGCUGCCUGGAAUGCUGGGUGGGAGCAAGGGCUAAGCAGAGUGCCACCCUUGGCAUUCGAUGCCAGACACACCUUUCAGCCUGCGCACAGGCAUCGCAUCUGAGCUCCACCCUUGACAGGGAAUAGCCAGAGAGCAAUGGCGGAGGAGAUGUUGUACUGCAUAGACCUGGGCUCAAAUCCCUACUCUUCUGCAAAGCUCAUUGAACACUACCCCCCUGGGCUUUUCCAGAUGACCUAUUUAUUCAGCGUUCAUCCUUAAGUGUCUUAUUGUUUCCCAAGGGUUUAUAUACCACUUGAUUGUAAUGAAAGCUCAAAGAGGCGCUGACAGAAAGAAUAAAACAAAAAAAUUAUCAGUAAUAAAUAGUUAAAAACAAUGAUUUGAUCCAUUCCAAACAGAAUUGAAAUCAACGAUAAGCUAAAAGCUGGAUUAAAACAAACGCCAGCAUUCUGUAUCUGGAUUUUGUUGUUGUUUAGUCGUGUCCAACUCUUCAUGACCCCAUGGAUCAGAGCACGCCAGGCACUCCUGUCUUCCACUGCCUCCCGCAGUUGGGUCAAACUCAGGCUGGUAGCUUCCAGAACACUGUCCAACCAUCUUGUCCUCUGUCGUCCUGUUCUCCUUGUGCCAUCGUUCUUUCCCAACAUCAGGGUCUUUUCCAGGGAGUCUUCUCUUCUCCUGAGGUGGCCAAAGUAUUGGAGCCUCAGCUUCAGGAUCUGUCCUUCCAGUGAGCACUCAGGGCUGAUUUCCUUCAGAAUGGAGAGGUUUGAUCUUCUUGCAGUCCAUGGGACUCUCAAGAGUCUCCUCCAGCACCAUAACUCAAAAGCAUCCAUUCUUUGGCGAUCAGCCUUCUUUAUGGUCCAGCUCUCACUUCCAUACAUCACUACUGGGAAAACCAUAGCUUGAACUAUAUGGACCUUUGUUGGCAAGGUAGGCUUGCUUAAACAAAAAUGUUUAAUUUUUUGGCACCUGUUUUGGCAGGCGCCCAAAUGAGUACAGUGAAGGCACCUGCCUGGUGACGACAGGCAGGGAGUUCCAAACUGUGGGUGCCACACUAAAAUAUCAAUGUAUUAGAAGUGCAGAAUGAGUAUUAUGUGACACUUGUAACAGUACCAGUUCCUUGGAUCCAUAGGUGCCAACUCCCUGGGGCCCUGAGUGCCCGAGCACUCACAAAUUCCCCAUGAAGGGGCCAGGCACCCACAAAUUUUGGUGCCAGGGUCAUGCACGCUGCAUGGCACCCACAGUCCCGGUGCCAAGCUGGCACUCCUGCAUGGAUCAAUGAGCUCAAGUGGGCACAUAUAGGAUAAAUUGAUCUCUGAAGGAGAGGGUAUGUAGCUUGUGAGUCCUUCUGGAUCCCUUGCUGUUACUUGAGGCUCAGGUGGCCUCAGUGGUGUGGAGCGCCUUCCAUCAGCUUCAGCUGGUGGCCCAUCUGCACCCUUAUCUGUUGUCUAUGCUCGACUUCUGUUGUCUAUGCUCUAGGUUAGAUUACUGCAAUGCAUUAUACGUGAGGCUGCUUCUGAAGAGUUCGGAAACUUCAGCUAGUGCAGCCUGGUUGCUCACUGGGGCAAGAUGGACUGAGCAUAUCACACCGAUCCUGGCUCCGACCGCACUGGCUGCUGAUUAGUUCCUGGGCCCAAUUCAAAGUGUUGGUUUUGCCCUAUAAGGCAGUGGUAGGCAACCUAAGGCUCAUGGGUCACAAGCGGCCCCCGGGGUCCUUUAACUGGCCCACAACCCGCCCCCGAAUUGAGCCACCCGCUCAGCGAGUCCCCAUGCGCUGCACUAAACUGGUGCAGCACGGCGCGGGGACUCGCUUCCGCAGCACCAGAAAUCGCGUCUGCGCAGACACUGGAAAUCACAGGCAUGCGCGCUCACACACACACGCAAUCCGGCCCACAGAGGGAUCUCUGCUGGAGUGAACCGGCCCAGGCAAGGCAAACCUUGCUGACCCCUGCUAUAAGCCCUUAAACUACUCAGGACUGCAAUACUUCAAGAACUGCCUUUCCUUAUGUGAACCAACCUUGGACCCUGCAAUCGUCAUCUGAAGCCCUUCUUCAUGUGCCUCCACAACAGGUCAGGAGGAUGGUAAAAUGAGAAGGGGCCUUUUCUGCGGUGGCUCCCUGCUUGUGGAGUGUUCUCCCCGUGGAGGCUCCCCUGGCGCCAUCAUUACAUAUCUUUAGGCGCCGGGCUGAAAUGUCUUGCUUCAACCAGACAACCAGACCUUGGCCUGAUUGACAUUCACCCUGAUAGGAUUGUGGGGAGUUUAUUUCCCUUCCUGUUAAUCACUCGCUCGUCCUACACUAUUCAAUUUGCCCAUCACUUUCCAAACUGCAAACAGCCACAGUUUUUGAAAAACGGAUUUGUUGUGCAGGGGGUGGGGGUGGGAUCUCAUCCCUUCCUACGCAGCUACUCCCCUUGGGAAGUCCCUUGUCUACAAAACUGAUGCCUGUUUUUGUGAUCUUCUUUAGGACAUCUCUCCAGAGGAGCUGAGAAGCGAACUGCCAGAACGCCAGCCUCGAUAUCCUAGUGUUGUUUGAGUGCGUUUGUGAGAGGGGAGGGGACGACCUGAUUCGGCCCAUACACGCUUCCAUGCUCAGCUAUAGUUUUGAGGAGGUGGACAGAGAAAGGGUUUCCAAUGGAUUUCGGGAUAGGCAAGCGGAAGCCUAGUUUGUUUAUAGAAUUUUCUGCCAGAAGAUUCUGUGAUGGAUGGGAUGGGUAAAAGGUAAAGGUAAAGGGACCCCUGACCUUUAGGUCCAGUCGCGGAUGACUCUGGGGUUGCGGCGCUCAUCUCGCUUUGCUGGCCGAGGGAGCCGGCGUACAGCUUCCAGGUCAUGUGGCCAGCAUGGCUAAGCCACUUCUAGUGAACCAGAGCAGCGCACAGAAACGCCGUUUACCUUCCCGCCGGAGUGGUACCUAUUUAUCUACUUGGACGUGCUUUCGAACUGCUAGGUUGGCAGGAGCAGGGACCGCGCAACGGGAGCUCACCCCGUCGCGGGGAUUUGAACUGCCGACCUUCUGAUUGGCAAGUCCUAGGCUCUGUGGUUUAACCCACAGCGCCACCCGCGUCCCCUGGAUGGGAUGGGGGACAACUGCAAUUCCUUUCUCAUUCAAAGGCAUAAUACCCUUUUUGAGGCGAGGCGACUGGAACACAGUAUCCCCAAUGCGGUUGCAUGAUAUAAUUCACACGCAACUGGAGCAGGAACCAAAGAUGCUUUUGGACUAAUAAGGCCAGUCCUGGAUGACUUGGGCCCUUUUUCACACAUAGUAUGGACCCAAACCUUUUACAACUGGGCUGUCAACAGCUACUAGCUGUGAUGGCUCUGCUCUGCCACCAGAGUCAAAGGUAGCAAUGCUGGGACCCACAGGAGGGGAGAGUUGCUCUUGUGCUCACGUUCUGCUCCCUGGGUUCCCACGGGUGACCACAUUGAGAACAGGGUGCUGGGUUACAUGGACCAUUAGCCUGAUCCAGCAGGCUAUUCUUAUGUCCUUAUCCUGCAUAUCCUGCAUUCUUAGGACAGGAAGUAGCCCAGUGCCUACUGGGAAAAUAAUAAUGAUAAUGAUGAUAAUGAUAAUAAUAAAUAAAUUUAUUUAUACCCCGCCCUCCCUGGCCAGAGCCGGGCUCAGGGCGGCUAACACCAAUAAAAUCACAGUAAAAAACAUGAUAGGGGGAAAAACAACAACAACCCAAUUUAAAAUACAGGUUAAAAUGCAAUUUAAAAUGCAGCCUCAUUUUAAAAGUAGCCCAUAGAUCAAAACCGUAAGGGGAGGGAAACAUAAGGGUCAGACUGAGUCCAAACCAAAGGCCAGGUGGAACAGCUCUGUCUUGCAGGCCCUGCAGAAAGAUGUCAAGUCCCGCAGGGCCCUGGUCUCUUGUGACAGAGCUUUCCACCACGUCGGGGCCAGUACUGAAAAGGCCCUGGCCCUAGUUGAGGCCAAUCUAACCACUUUGCGACCUGGGAUCUCCAAAAUGUUGUCAUUUGUGGCCCUUAAGGUCCUCCGUGGGACAUAUCGGGAGAGGCGGUCCUGUAGAUACAAGGGUCCUAGGCUGCAUAGGGCUUUAAAGGUCAAAACCAGCACCUUAAACCUGACCCUGUACUCCACCGGGAGCCAGUGCAGUUGAUUCGCACUGGAUGAAAACUAGAGAGAGAGAAAAAAAAGAAAAGGGGGGGGGAAACAUUGGGGAAUGAGAUUUGUGGGUUUCCGCAUCCAGGGAGCUCCAGAGCCUAAGGUGUCCUCACAGAGGAAGCUCUCUUCCACCCCUUUGCCAGCUGGAGACAAGCUGGUCCAGUUCCUCCCCGCCCCCCAAUGUCUACCUUGCCAUGAGAUGCCCAGUUGCUUCCUUGACUGUGCCUGUGUGUGUUUACAUUUGUAGUUUACAGCUAUAAAUACGUCCACGAUGAUGGCCGGGUCUCGUACCCUCUCUGCUUCAUCUUCUCCAGCCCAGUCGGUGAGAACCAGUGACUUCCUCAACUGUGGGUGACCAAGGGGGUGGGAUUCUCGGCUUCCUGUCCAAAGAGUUGAGCUUGGUGUAUGUUGAGAACAAAUGCGAAGUUUGAGGACAGUGGCGGGGAGGCCUGUAGGGUUUGAUUCUGAGUUGGUGCCGCACCAAAGGGCCAGGUUUCAGGGCCCUGGGCCUCCCCGCAACAACAGCCAAGCUUAUGGGCGUUGUAACCCAAAAGGUUUUGAAUGGGGCCAGGUUGGGGGAAGCGAUUAUAACUGGCAUUACUGUGAUAAUGGCCGUGUUCACACCAUGCAUUUUUAAUAAAAGUUGUUAUUAAAAUUUGUAAGGACAAAAAGGGGAAACUUUUGCACAGAAACAAUAGGAAAUCUUGGGGGGAAAGCAAUAAAAUAAUAAUAAUAAUAAUAAUAAUAAUAAUAAUAAUAAUAUUUAUACCCCGCCCUCCCUGGCCAGAGCCGGGCUCAGGGUGGCUAACACCAGUAAAAUUACAGUAAAAACAUGUUGUUGUUGUUUAGUCGUGUCUGCCUCUUCAUGACCCCCUGGACCAGAGCACCCCAGGCACUCCUGUCUUCCACUGCCUCCCGAAGUUGGGUCAAACUCAUGCUGGUAGCUUUGAGAACACUGUCCAACCAUCUCUCGUCCCCUUCUCCUUGUGCCCUCCAUCUUUCCCAACAUCAGGGUCUUUUCCGAGGAGACUUCUCUUCUCAUGAGGUGGCCAAAGAAUUGGAGCCUCAGCUUCAGGAUCUGUCCUUCCAGUGAGCACUCAGGGCUGAUUUCCUUAAUAAUGGAUAGGUUUGAUCUUCUUGCAGUCCAUGGGACUCUCAAGAGUCUCCUCCAGCACCAGAAUUCAAAAGCAUCAAUUUUUCGGCGAUUAGCCUUCUUUAUGGUCCAGCUCUCAUUUCCACACAUCACUACUGGGAAAACCAGAGCUUUAACUAUAUGGACCUUUGUCGGCAAGAUGAUGUGUCUGCUUUUUAAGAUGCUGUCUAGGUUUGUCAUUGCUUUUCUCCCAAGAAGCAGGCGUCUUUUAAUUUCGUGACUGCUGUCACCAUCUGAGUAAAAGCAUAAUGGGGGGGGGGAAUAAAUUUAAAAUAUAGAUUAAAAUGCCAUUUAAAAUGCCUCCUCAUUUUAAAAGUAGCCCAUAGAUCAAAACCUUAAGGGUCAGACUGAGUCCAAACCAAAGGCCAGGCAGAACAGCUCUGUAACAUGGGGUUCAGCAGGAGGAGAUGAAGCAAUGGCCAUAUUUCCCAUGUGAGUGGGAACUUAGGAAUUCACGUACAGGUUUGCCACAUGAAAAAUUAAAGGAAUGAGAGAUAGCUCAGUCGUGGGUUCGAGUCCCAUAUUGGGCAAAAGAUUCCUGCGUUGCGGUGGGUUGGACUACAUCACUCUCAUGGAGCUUUCCGACUCUGGUUCUAUGAUCAUAGAUUCCCUUGCUUCCUAGUUUGUUGUAGUCCAGGAGAAAUACAAAGAUAAAGAGCAUCCAUCUAUCUAAACAUACUUUUGCAAAGUCUACACCUUGGAACAAACAGGAUGGACCAUACGGCCAUGGGCUUCUUCAUUUUGAAACAAAAUCAUGCCAUAUUGCAAAACCAUCGGCACGGAGAGUUGUUAGGAGACCCCAAUUCCCUUCCCAGAGCGGUUUAAUACUUAGCCCCUCUUCGCAGGGAACAGAAUUGCAGUCCUGGGAGGGCAACAGGGGGCUCCUCUUAGCACCCUCAAAAAAACCCAAAAAAACCUACAGCUCUCAGAAAUUCUCUGGGGGACGUCAUCUCUGUUUAAAGUUGUAUACUGGUGCUUCAAAUGUACGGUGUGAUCACGGCAAAUGUCUUUGAACAUUCCAAAGUGCUAUAAAAGCAAGUCAUUUGAAUGAUUGAACGCUAGUCAUUUGUUAGGUUUCCCCCCCACCCUACCGGUGGAAAAACCCAACAAAUUCCACUUCUGUCGCAGAGAGAUAAGGCAGUGCCCUUCAGCACCUGUCUGCCUUGGGUUCAAGUCCCAACGUCGCCGUAGCAGGAGCUUGUUUUGUGGCCUUGGGGAAGUCCGCCUCUCUCCACCUCAGCCAGUCCUUAACUCCCUGACCCGCUGUGGAUCACAGUGCCCAUUGUGAACGAGAUAAUGAACAGUCAUUGCAACUAAAGGAGCUGCCUUCUCCUUUCCCCUCGCAGGGUGCAAGCCGGAGCAACAGAUGAUGUACGCUGGGAGCAAAAACAGACUGGUGCAGGCAGCUGAGCUCACCAAGGUAUUCCAGGAAUACUCCUUACCUCUGGUUUUGUCCCUGAUCGCUUUGGCAUUGUUUUUGGCCUCUCUUCCUGCCAGAAACAACCCCCUCCCCAGCCUCUUGGGAUUCUAGAGAGCAGCCUGGUUGCCUGGCGCAACCAACCCGGAGAACGUGCAUGUAACCUUAAACCCCCAGGAGAAGUGGAAGAGGAUGAGGCAACGGUGCUUUCUCCCUUACAUCUUCCUCUCCCCCUUUCCCCAUGCCUAUAGGUGGCUUUUUGGUCUUGGGCAGCGGAGGAUUCUUGUUUUGGGUGCCAGAACCGGGGUUUGAUUCCUAGACCAGGAGUAGGCAACCUAAGGCCCGGGGGCCGGAUGUGGCCAAAUUGCCUUCUCAAUCUGGCCCAUGGACGGUCCGGGAGUCAGCGUGUUUUUACAUGAGUAGAAUGUGUGCUUUUAUUUAAAAUGAAUAAUAAUAAUAAUAAUAAUAAUAAUAAUAAUAAUUUAUUUAUACCCCGCCCAUCUGGCUGAGUUUCCCCAGCCACUCUGGGCGGCUUCCAAUCGAGUGUUAAAAACAAUACAGCAUUAAAUAUUAAAAACUUUCCUAAACAGGGCUGCCUUCAGAUGUCUUUUAAAAAUAAGAUAGCUGCUUAUUUCCUUGACAUCUGAUGGGAGGGUUUUCCACAGGGUGGGUGCCACUACCGAGAAGGCCCUCUGCCUGGUUCCCUGUAACUUGGCUUCUCGCAGUGAGGGAACCGCCAGAAGGCCCUCGGAGCUGGACCUCAGUGUCUGGGCAGAACGAUGGGGAUGGAGAUACUCCUUCAGGUAUACUGGACCGAGGCUGUUCAGGGCUUUAAAGGUCAGCACCAACACUUUGAAUCGUGCUCGGAAACGUACUGGGAGCCAAUGUAGGUCUUUCAAACCCAGUGUUAUGUGGUCCCGGUGGCCACUCCCAGUGCAUCUCUGGGUUAUUUGUGGGGCAUAGGAAUUCAUUCAUAUAAAAUAUAGUCUGGCCCCCCCCACAUGGUCUGAGGGACGGUGGGCCAGCCCACGGCUGAAAAAGGUUGCUGACCCCUGAUUUAGGCCAACCCUUGAAGCCAAGGAAAGAGAGACUGCCACAUCUUUCAAAAUGUGUGAUAUAUUAAAUAAUAAAAUCCUCACCUUAGCCCAGUAGUAGGGCACCUGCUUUGCAUGCAGAAGGCAUAGAAACAUAGAAUUGUAGAGCUAGAAGGGACUCCCAAGGGUCAACUAGUCCAACCCCCCCCCCAAUGCAGAAAUCACAGCCCCAGGUUCAGCUCCCUGCUUCUCUGAGUAGGACUGGGAGGAGACCUCUGCCUGAAGCCUGGAAAAGCCGCUGUUACUCAGCAUUGACAUUAAUGGUCGGACUGGGUGUAAGGUAGAAUUAUGUCCCUACUCUGCCCCAGCCAGCUCCUUAGCUACCUGGGAAAGGCAGGGAAUUAUGCUUGGCCACAUUCUCAGCCUAGGCAGACCGCCUUCUCCACCUGACUGCUGCUCUGUUUCCCCCCAGGUCUUUGAGAUUCGGUCCACAGACGACCUGACGGAGCAAUGGCUCAAAGAGCGCCUGGCCUUUUUCCGCUGAUUGGUAGGGUAAUCCUGGAGGGCUGGACCUUCAGUAAACUCCCCACUCAUAGCAAGCCGUGUAAUCUCACUCCCCCUCCAUUUCACCCUAGAGAUACCACUGCACAGUGGGUGUAUGUGGAAUAUAGGGAAAUGUAGCUGACCUAUUGUCUCCAUGACCAGCACCACUGGCUUUCCCCCGCAGAGGAAUUAAAAUGAAAUAAAGCGAUUGGACCUAA